UUCGAAAGAUAAGCUCGAGCCCCCGCAAGCAAACAAAAACCACCCCACGAACUCCAUCCACACCCCAAUCUCUCUCUAUCAUCGAUGACGUUCUCUUGCGCGCCGACGUUGAAAAGAAGCAGAGAUGACUGUGAAAGGAUGAACUUGGACAUGGCGAAAUGCCUCAUGCUUCUCUCCCAUGGCAUCAACCCAAAUCCUCAAAGAGCGGCUGUGCGUCACGAUGAAGAAAACUUUGAGUGCAAGACGUGCAAUCGCCGGUUCUCUUCAUUCCAGGCGCUCGGCGGCCACCGGGCAAGCCACAAGAAGCCGAAGCUGCUGGAGACGAAGCCAGUAGACAGCACCAAGUUGGCUUUGGGAUCGACAGUGAAGCCCAAGAUGCACGAAUGCUCGAUUUGCGGGAUGAAGUUCUCGCUGGGGCAAGCCUUGGGAGGCCACAUGAGGAGGCACAGGGCUGAACUGAUGAGCGGGAGCAUGAUGAACAUGGAUGAGCUUUUCACGGUUGAUUCGACGAUCCCAGUGUUGAAGAGGUCGAAUAGCAGCAACAAGAGGAUUAUGGGCCUGGACUUGAACUUGACUCCUCUUGAGAAUGACCUCAAGUUCUUGUUUGGCAAGAUGGCUCCGAAGAUAGAUCCCUUGCUCCUGUAAUUAUGAUUCCUCGUUCUCACGUUGUU